AUGGCGGAGCAUGGACGUGGAGUCACCUGGAAGCUUCCCUCCCUGCUCCCACUCCUGUCCCUCAUCUUCCGCCUUGGCCACGUCGGGGAAGUCAACACCGACGGCAGUUCGCUCUUCACCGCCAUCGACAGGGCCACCGCCACCAAGCCCCGUGCUCGCAACCUCAGGCACCGCAUCGUCCACCGCUUUGUUGACGUCUACAGCGCCACCCAUGCCCCCAAUAGGGACACCAUCGGUGCGGCUGUGCGCCACCUCUACGCGCUGGAUCUCAAGGUCAGCUGGGGCGUCAACGUCGCGCAUGAGCUCAAGUUGUUAGCGCCCAAGUCCCACUGCCACGACCUCGAUGCUGCCAUCAAUGACAUUGUCGAUCUCGACAUCCAAAGGUUCGUUGUGCACGCAGCAUCAGGGUGA